AUGUUAUCUCAACCGCAUAUACAGACUGAGCCUGUGAUGUUCAUUUCGCCUGCCGCCUCACCCACAACUUCAUAUUCGGAAUCCGAUUUUGAAAAGAGGUAUCCUGGUUCAGAAAAGUCAAGCCCACUUUCCACCAGCAGUCCGCAAAGUCUACAUACAAAACCAUGGCCUGAACGACCACAAGAACUUAAUAAAACCCAUCGGGAUGAAUGGCGACUCUGGGGACUGAUUGUGAACUGUGUUAUGUUAAUGUUGCCGUUACCGUUCUUCCUUCUCUUCGCCGCCGCGAUCGUUGUGAAUGGUAAUGCUGUAAACGAGCAACAAUCAAAACUCUUGGACUUCGCCGUCAAAGCAGCCACGACACUAUUUCCAAUAUUUUUCGGGGCCAGUACUGGACGAGCAGCUAUCAAAUUUGCGACGUGGAGACUUGAGCAAGGGACUAACCUGGGACAUUUGGAGCAACUGAUGGGAAGCCGUACUAUCUGGAGUACCUUCAAUACUCACUUUCAGCUUCGUUCUUUUAAUGCAAUCGGCGUCGUGCUGAUGAUCAUCUGGUGUUUUGAGCCAAUCGGUGGUCAAUCAGUUCAACAGAUUCUCACCACUGUCGAGGAGGCUACGACGAUUGAUACUAAUGUUGCCUAUAUCAACUCGAGACAGCAGAGCUAUUCCUCGCCGAAAGGACCAUUCCAGAAUCAAUGGUUUCCUGGGUUUUCUGUUUUAUUUGGUUCAGCUUUACUUUCGACGGCUGAUGUUAAGAUGAGCAGUGAAGAUCUUUGGGGAAAUGUCAAGAUCCCGUAUUAUAGUAGCAUCGCCGACACUGGCGCUAGUGCCGAUGCUGAUGGCUGGAUCGAGAUCCCACAGAACUUUACACCCAUAUAUUCUUCUCUAUUUGGUAUUCCAGUAUCAAAUAUUCAGAAUGGAAACACAACUUUCCAUUUGGAAUCAACAUAUUUGGAACUAGCUUGCGGCAAUAUGAGCGUCUCAGCUCAAGGCGCUCCUCCAGCAGCAAGAAGCGAUCUUAUCUCUGAUAUUGGCCCAUUUCUGAGCUUUCAGAACAUAUCGAUCAAUGAUGCAUGGGCAUUAGGUUAUCAGGGACCGGACAUCGCGGUCGUUCAGGACGGAGACAACACUCCAUACAUGUAUCCCAAGUCAUGUCCAGACUGCCUUCCCUUGGACUUUACUUCAAAAACCUUUGAUGCCGGGACCCUUGCCUUUCAGGAAUUUUCAGGGUUCGACCUGACAACUACUGUUCUAUGUACACCAGCUCAGCGAUACGUGGAAUCGGAGAUAGUUUGUGCGAAAUCCCCAGAGCUCCAGUUAUGCAAAGUUACUGCUCAGCGACCAUCGGUUUUACCACAUAUGCCGUCAACCAUCACGCCUUUGAGCUUUCCGUCCGUCGUCAUGGGACUAACUGCACUUCUUCCGAACUCUACACCACAGUACAAUGCUGUGAAUAUGGUUGAGAAUUACAUUUACAACCCGGCUACCCAGGCGACCAUCAUCUCUGGCGAGACGUCUUUCGGCUCCAACGAUGGGGAAACACCACUUAUGAGCGUUACUCCAAAGGAUUUUGGUGAUCGGUUCGGUCAGCUUCUAAACUCAUACAUGUACGCAAGUAUGUGGAAUGCGACACCAUAUCUUCUAGGAGCACCAUUUUCCGGCAUUGAAGCGAAUCGUGUCGGUGGUAACAGCGCAAGCUUUAUUACCGCGGAAUCACGUAUUGAUCUUGCAGCCAUGAUUCAGAAUCAGACAGCAGCAUUCACAGUACCGGCCUCGCUAAGCACAAAUUCGCCCGUAUAUUACGUCUAUUUCUCCUGGCUCUUUGUAUUCUUAGUCGCCUCUUUGGUAAUGCUGGGCGCUUCCAUUGUUGGUGUUGUGUACUCAAGGAAGACUAUCGUGCCAGAUUAUCUGGGAUAUGUGAGCAGUCUGGCGAAGGAAAGUCAGUACAUUCGGAUGCCGGAUGUAGGUGUCAAUAUGGACGGUAUUGACAAGGCGAGGUUGGUGAAGGAUGUCAAGGUUAAGCUUGGGGAUGUUAGUGAACAGCCUGUGACUGGAGAUGGACAGGGAAUGAUUGGGAGGUUGGCAUUUGCUAGGGCUGAGGAUUGCAGGAGUGUGAAGAAAGGGAAGUUGUAUAUUUGA